GCGAGCGAGUGGCGAGUGCCGACACUGGCGACCAUCGUCGUCAUUGUAAGGGACUGCAACUGCUACUACAACUACAAUUAUUACUAGUAAUGCGUGUGUGUGAGUGUCCCUGAUGAUGAUCAGCCGUCUUCUGUGGUGGAGUUCUCACUAGACUAAAUGUAAGCACGGUGGACGCGAGGCUUGACGGCUAAACGUUUCAGAAACAAUCCUACUAUCACUGCUACAGAAUAAUAACAUAACUACACAUUGCUCCAGCUCGCAUCAUCUGCUGCAGCUGCUGCCACCACUAUUGCUACCUAUUACCUAACCUUACCUAUCAUCAUUCAACGGCUUCGGCAGCAGCGUCAAAAGAUUCGACUUGGAAAUACCGUCGCAAUACAACAAGAGAGUGUGUCUAUGUGUGUGUGUAUGUGUCUCUGUUAUUUAGAAGUAUGCUCAGAAUACGGCAGUAGAGAAACAUCAAUAUACAAAGCUAUAGUGUGGAUUAAUUGGUUGAGCUCGAAUCUCUGCCGUUGCUUCUGCGGCUGUACAAACUGCAGUAAUUUACGCUUGAGCCAGCCAGAAUAACAAUAACAUCAAAAACCAAAAAAGGACGAAGCACUUUGACGGGAAUUAACGUAUGUCGACCGGCUAGUAGCCAGAAAUCAGCUACCAGGUGGCGAUGGCCGAACUGGCCCUCCUGAAGCGACGGCUCGCGUGAACUCAGCUUGCCCACAUAUCGGUCCGUCUGUCCGCAUGGAGCCAAAACGGAUUACAAUAAGGGUAUUAUUUCUAUGACCGGUAAUCGCGUGCGUAAAUAGCAAGGUGUCUGAAGCAGUGGUGGAGCUUAGUAUACUCUAGUCAUUCAGCAACAAGGAUCGAAAGCCUGGGCUGUAACGAGGUUUCAAACUGGCGAUUGGAGCGAACACAACGGAAGUGGGCUUUAUGCUACUGGUCCCAGCUCCCAGGAAAGACUAGCACGUAACAAAGCACAUAGCCGCGGGUCGUGUAUCGCCGUUCUGCAAAGCCACGCCGGGAGGAAUCAGAUGCGUUGGCGAGGCAACAGCUAAUACACUAACUAGCAAGCCAGCCAGCAAGUCAGCCAAGCCAAGUCAAUAUAGCAAUAGCGACAGCAGAAAUUGGAAACAGAAAAGAAACGGGACAGAACAAUAGAAACCCAAUAGCAAGCAGCCGCGGACUCCUUUCGGUAAAGAUAGUAAUAGCACGUACGUAACGUACUACGAUCUAUAUAUUACGAACACAGAAGGAGACGGCGCGCCUUACCGCCGUCGGGCUACAUAUAGUGCGCUAUUUCGGAUUCCCUAACGAUCGAAAUUGGCCUCUACCAUCAGAAAUUAGCAAGUCAGAGACUGAAUUAGCAUCAGAAAUAGGAAAACACGUUAUCGUCAAUGCCGUACUUGUUCACACUAACUGCAAGGCCAACGAAGUCGCCUUGUCACACGCGACCGUAAUAACGAUUGUGAAGCGGCGACGGCGGCGACGGCAACAGCAAAACUGUCUUAGUCGUUUUCCCUCAUCGUCCGCGAUCAUUUUACCCUUCCAAUUCCGUCAUCUAUAGCCGAACCUUCGCGUCAGCCAGCGCACGUCAGGCUUCGGCCGCACACGUAACGAUCGCGACUCGAUGCCUGCAACCUAGCUAACCGCUCGUUGCCGAUGGCUAAUAUAUCCGCAUACAUCUAUGUAUACGUAUACAUUACUAAAUUCCGCCAAUUUUACUUUACAAGUUUCUAUUAUUAAAGCAAUUAUUAGUGUUGCUGCUGCUGCUGCUGCUGCUGCCGCCGGGGAAAGAAGCGAUUCUUCGUUGCUACUGAGUUACUACUCGUGGUGAUCGUUUGGAGCCACCAAUCACUUACUUCCGCGCCUACUCCGCUCUCAAUGAUACUGUGCCCCUGUGGAGGCGCCGGCAGUGGCGGAAGCAGUUAGCGGUAAAUUCGAGCUGUUCGUAAAUCCUCCGUUUGUUGUUUGACGUCGGCGGUUUUGUGCGCUGUUUGUUGCGUUUGUACUUCUAAGUUGCUCGUGCUUGAACCCACUGUUGCAAUUGCCCCCUGCUGUUGAUACUGGUUGAUGGCGGUGUGACGGUGAUCGUUGCUGCAAAGCAAACAAACUGAAUCACACGCUCAGCGACAGAACGGAAAGCGUCGGGAUCAACAACAACAAGAGCUACGCGACGCUGCAGAAUAGAGGUCAGCGAAACAAGCAAACGGCAAAUACAAUGGGCUAGUUUGAAAGGCCCCCAUAGCUGUUGGUCUAUACUAACUUGUUUAUGUGGCGGUUCGUGCUUACAUGUCAGAGCGAACAGCCAAACAGCCAGUAAUCGGCAAUCAGCACAAAUCUCGUGCGUUGUCCCCCAUUCCGUCUCGUUGCGAUUAGCUGCUGCUUAGCAAAGAGCAACAGCCAGACAAGGCACUAGCAGAACAAUCCACGAGGACGUCGGCGACAACGAAGAAACGCAGAGCGAAACGUAACGCGAAUUUCUACGCACGACGAUAACAACCGCCUGUGCGGACAGCGAGGUGCUAACGCAGGGGCUUAGAUAAACAGAAGAACGAGAAGAUCCGCGAAAGAGCAGCGGAAACAACAGCAGCAGCAAGAUUGACGCCAAGAGCAUACAUCGAAUCGGGGCAAACAAAAGGGGCACCAGGGAGCGGACAGAGCAAAACAUAGUCCCAAGCUAAUAGUGAUCUUUGAGCGGGGUCGGAAAAAAACGAAGCUUCAGCGACGAUCAAAUCAAAUUCUAACGCAAGCGAAACGCACCGAUCGCUGGUGGCAAGGCGUUCAGUGCAUGUUUUUCUGCCUGCGCUGGUCCGUGAAUGUGCGUGGUAUGAGCCGGAACGUGUUAAUGUUCCAUGGAUGUGGUGCCGGUGAGUAUGUUCUACAGCAACUAAAGUUUUUGGAAAUUCUUCUAUGCCACUGUGCUAACCGGAAGAGGGCUCACGGAGCUGGAAACGACGAGUGCGUGGUGACUUGUGUAAUAGUCAACCCGUUAUUGUAGCCAAAACAAGAGGCAGCAGCAGUAGCUGCUGGAGAGUAAUUUAAUCCGCGAUUUCUAUGCGGCAGCGCGUUCCUCUCUCUCCUUGCGGCUUGACAUCACUCCCUGUAAAUUUUUCUUUGUCGCUUCUUCAAGCACCGCUCAAAAAUCGCUACACAGCGACGACGAUUUCGACCAUCUUGCAGUCGACUAUCUGCAUUAUGCCUACUUACCUUCAGUGUUGCCGGGCAGAUCGAUAACGUCCGGCGACGUCGUGGUGUAAGGGCGUGCACAGUAGCGGUUGCAGUUCCGACAGCUGUGGUUCAUGCAGAAAUUGGUCAGUUCUCGGUCUAGCGCUGGGCGUAGCAGCAAGGCAGUCGAAAAGGACCAAGAUCCGGUGUUCGAAACGAUCUUAGCGGUGUUUAAAGGUUAAGUAGUUUUCCGUGUUCUGGAAGUGUAGCCCGCGUCGAGUCGUGGACGUGGGGAUGCAAAGUCUCCGAGGACGAAGGGGGGGCUUACCAAAGCCCGGUUACCGCAGCAGUAAAAAGCCCCGCUGGGACCGGCGGCGCGGCUGCUAAGACAGCAGCAGCUGCGGCAGCGCGGUUUACUUUUACAACAAACACAAACACACAGAUCUCAGACCAGUGUAUCGCUUGACGAUUAUUGCCACGCUUAACUGUGUAGUCAAUGCUGCUACUAUUUAGUAGAACUAGAAAAGGUCGUCCUACAUAGCCACAAACUCCCGCCUAUUCUUCACCUCCUAAUGAGUUGGAGUAAACAGCACAGAAUCAUAGAAAUCGAUAAGAGCAGCGGCAACAAUAACCACUACAAUUAGGAAUCCGUCAAAUCGUUCGGCGGUAAGAAAAAGUCAGCCAGAACGCAAGCGAGUAAAUUUAGGUUGCCGCGGGAACGGCAGCAGUGCAUGACGCUGAACAAAUGCAUGACUCGAAUCGUCAAUAGACGGUGACCGUGGCAGCAGGUGAUCAUACGAUCAGGUUGUUGAGCUACUCACUGUAGGUUGCGCAGGAAACAGCGUGAUUUGUGGUGCGUGGCUUGCAGGUGAUCGUGUGUUCCACUAGCAAGACAGGACGGCCGAUACUCGGACUGUGUUUUUCCCGUAGAAAUGGCUGCUCCCCCACCGACGCAGCAACAGUAUCCUCCGCCGGCGGGUCAGCCACAGCAGGCACAGGGCUACUACGGUGACCCGCAGCAGCAGCAGCAACAGCAGCAGCAGCAACAACAACAACAGCAGCAGCAAGCCACAUCCCAGGCAAACAUGCCACCUCCGUCUAGUCAAUUAGGUGGAGGUCCUUCUCAAGGACAUGGAUACUUUGCCUAUCAGGGUCCUCAGGGGUACGGUGGUCAGCCGGGACCUACUCAGGGAGGUCAGGUGCAAGGUCAAGGGCCCGUUCAAGGAUACGGUAGCGACUUGUAUCGGGCCGCAAACCAGCAGCAGGCUCAGCAACAUCAGCACCAACAAGGAGGAUAUCAGCAGGGACCCCAGGGCCCACAGUAUGGCCGUCUUCAAGCUGGUGGCCCUGGCCAGUGGCCCGCUGGACCUAGUACACCGCAAUAUCAGCUAGGACAAAACGGGGUUUACCCAGGCCCCACAAGCCAAGGGCCUCCUGGAGGGCCCCAGGUAGGCAUUGGUCAAGCGCCUCAGGGAUACCCUGGUGCCGGACACGCUGGACAAGGAUACCCAGGUUACUAUCAACAAGGCUACCCACAGGGCCCACCUCAUUAUCAAACAGCGGGAGGGUAUCAAGGUGGGCCUUCUUCGGUUGGCGGAUAUCCACCUGGCGGCCCUGGAGGACCAGGAGGUCCACCAGGUUAUCCUCCUGGUAGCACACAAGGCACACCACAGGGUCCUCCACCUGGGCACAAGGUCAAUCCCUUGCAAUCGCUACAGAAGAUGUUGCCGGCUGCUUCACCUACUCCUAGCGGUCCAGGAGGGUGGCCUCCUGGAGCACCUGGGCCGGGGCAACCGCCACAGCCUCCGCAUGGAGGUGGGUAUCAAGGAUACCUAUCUCGUGGCAACUCGUAUUAUGCUGGGCCUGGUCAUACUGCCCAGUAUGACGGAUAUCCCGGUAGCCAGCAACAAGGCCCACCUCAAAGUUAUGGGGGCGUGAGCGCUAGUGGCCAAAACGGUGGGGCAGCGCCCGGUUGUUACCCUCGAAGUGGCACACCUGGCUCAUUACCUCCGCCUGCUAGCCCGGCGUCAUCUUGUGGAGGGACGUCUGCUAGUAUGCCCACAGGAAUAGGCCCCUCAAGCGAACGUGUUACGCCAGCGCCCAGCAAUUCUAACGGCAAUGGUCCCACAACUGGAGCAGGCCCUGGCGCAAAUUGCGACCAAAGACGAGGCUCGGUGGACAGCGAAACUGGGAGCUAUUACAGCGCCGGCAGCGUUACGCCAGGACCGCAGGUUGCAACACCAGGAAGUGGCCCUGGUGGUGGUGGAGGAGGAGGCGGUAGUGGGAGCGGAUCAGGCUCCGCAGCGACUACUGGCAAUGCUCAAGGAGGUCAAUCAGGAACUGGUGGAGCGCAACACAGCACCACGACUGACAAGAAACUCGGUGCUAAACUACCCGAUAUCGUGCCAAACGAGAGCUACAGUAGCCAGGGUAGUGGUGGCCAGGGAGGUUCGAGACCCCCAUCGACUUCAGGCAGCAUUGGACCCCCGCAUUCGGAUGUGUCGUCGCUCUCCGCUAGCCCGGGAUCUUCAGCUGAACAUUCACAACAAGGGGUAAGUUCUGGUGGGCAACCACCCGGGGGAAAAGCGGGACCAUCAGCAUCACCGGGGCCUUCUCCUUUGGCUCAACAACCUUCUGGUGCCAUGACGCCUCCGGCAGCCCCUUUAAGCGGAGCAGGAUCGUACUGUCAUCCAGGGCAACAGCACCCGCUUUAUCCACCUCCCCCGCAGGGUCAGCAGCCAAGUUUGAGUCCAGAGUUUCCGGCACAGAAGAAGCGUGGCCGGCCCUACGGGAGUAAGAACAAAAAGCCGAGAACGUCUCCCGGAACAGGGGCAACUCCUGCACCAACGUUCCCGGAAAGAAGCCCAGGAAGCGGCCCAACAACGCCGACAGGACGAGGCAAGCGUGUGCAGCAGCAGAGAUCACCGGCACAACAAGGUGAUCAGUACUCUCAAACAAGGCUUGUGGGCCCCAUAGGCCAGUUUCCUCAUCAGGGCCAUUACCCUCAGCAAGGGCCUCCAAUAGGCGGUCCAGGCGGCCCAUUUGUCGGCACCAUGGUCGGCGCCCAGCAAGGUGGGCAUCCGAGUCACCUUGGUCAAAUGUCAGCUGGGGCCCCUCAUCACCUUCAUCCAGGUCAUCAUCCAGGACAUCCUCAUGGUCACCCUGGUCAUCCAGGAGGCCAACCAGGAAGUGUGGGUUCCCAUGAUAUUCGAGGCAGUCAAGGACCUCCUGGUGGUCCUGGUGGCCAUCCCGGAACCCCAAUACCGCCCGAAGCCAACAACGGUAUGCCAGGUGGGGCACGUCUUGGGGGACCUCCUAUGGGACCUGGUGGAAUGUACUCGCCCGUUAAACAGCAUAUGGCAGGAGGCGCUCAUGGACCGCCCAGUCAAAUAUCCGCAAUGGGUCAGUCAUCUUACGGACCCCAUGGACCGCAAUUCGGUCCACCAGGGAGCAUGGGCGCUGGAAGACAAGGGCCUCCACGGGCCCCGAUGCUGGAACAACAACUUGGAAAAUCUUCACAGCAUCAUGGCAUUGCAGGCCAUCCAAUUCCAGCUCAGUGUGGAGGAGUUGCUACUGUUCCACCAAACGCAAACGGCGGUCCCCUCCGUGAACUCAAGCAGCUUCCUUUGGAAACGUGUCCAGUGCCGGCUAUCAGUCAUGCCCCGCCACCCCCUGAGGGGGUUAAGAUUACCAAGGUCUUAAACAACCAUAUCCCAGCUGGUCUUUCGCUCAAGAGAUCUGCCAGUGGCUCGGGAGCUUUCUCUGGUCCAUUCCUCCGACUUAAAGGAAGUCUGACGCGGCCAAGUAACGUACGUGUAGUCAACAACGGUCUACAACGGUCAGGUACUGAGAAGGGAACUGAUGAAGGCGGGAGCACUGCUGGAUCAGGUAGUAAGACUGGAGCGGCUUCUGGAGGCGUCCUCGGGCCAACGGCUGGAGGCGCUAGUCGGGCAGCCCGUAAAGCCGGCACUGCUAUUCACCUAUCGACACUCAGUCCUGGCUAUGAUACCGUUACGCGUGACCCUUCGUGGCUGUGCGCACUCUGUUUAAGUGCGUCGCACGAACAUGGACUAGGCGAUUUAUUCGGACCGUACUUCUGGAGUACGUCGGAGCGGUCACUUCCACCGCCUGCCUAUAUUCUCGAAGCUAUGCGCCGACUUGCUAGUAAGCUGAACGCACAAAAGCCGCAGCUCGUCGAUGCCAGCGAUGAGGAUGAGGCGACGGGUGGUGGAACUGGAGCCGGCAAAAAGAAGAAAACCGGUGGCCAACUCGGCAAACGGAAGCGUUCGGCAGGAAUAUCGGCUACCACAUCGACCGAGGCACCUCUCACGGUCGAGCAGGAGCAAAUGCUCGCAACAAGUCUGCGCGCCGAAUAUUGGGUACAUGAGGAUUGUGCUUGUUAUACUCAAGGUGUUUAUCUGGACGCCAAAGGUACUCCUCAAGGCCUCGAGGAAGCUAUUCGUGAAGCUGCUCGUAGUUCUUGCGCAUUUUGCUCUCAGUCUGGCGCUACGCUGGCGUGCGUCGCUCGCCAUUGUUCGACCGUUAUGCACGUCCAUUGUGCGCGCCAAAGUAACGCGUUUGUCAACAGCGAGAACUUUAGCAUGCUUUGUAGCAGACAUAAACCACCCGCCACUGCAAAAGAGAGCAACAGCAGCAGCAACAGCAGCAGCAGCAGCAGCAGCAGCAACAACAACAACAACAACAACAACACCACAAAGUCGCAACAACAGGUGGCUACGACGACUCGCGUAAAUUAGAAAAUCCAUCGGCAAGGUUGAAGUUCAUACAGCCGAGCGGCAGGCCGCCGGCCAAGCAAAUAAUUUCUCUGUAGACACUAGCCUCCCGAAACAGAAACUGCAAAAAGCCUCGAUACUGUUAGUCAUUGCAGCUCUGAGUCAGCUUCCGAAGUAUGAGUGGAUCGGGGAAGCAAGGAACUGCAACCAAUAUAUUAUACCGCAAAAACGAACACAAAACAGAGGCGCUCUGGCGGCACAACUGUUGCAGUUAGCUACGGAACAGGGUCUUAAGCUCAACACAAUGGAUUAAAGAGAACAAUGAUGUAAAGGCGAAUGAUGGUAAUGCAAAUUUAUGGCGGCCUCUUCACCAAGACUGAAUUGUUUGCUCGAAGUUCCAAUAAUGAGCGCUGGCUCUUCAGGCACGAAAGACGAUUCGGUUUUCCGGUUGGUGUUCAUACGCCGAAAAAGGCGUAGCCAUGAUAAUGUUGUGGUGGCUUGAACGGUGUACACCUAUCAUGGUCGCAUUGACCAAAAUUAGCAGAGUGGAAGAGGCCGCAGUCAGCCCCCCACAAUACGCGGCAGAUACGGAAUCAGCAGACUCUAUAACUGGGGUGUGAGGAAUUCAUCCAGGUCGAAUGAAGCUUAGUAGGCAACCGUCGAAUGAAGAUGGACAGCCUUAAUUCUCUUAUAUUCGCUAUUAUUGACCUAUUACAGUAGUCAUAACUGAUUAAAGCAUAUUAGCAAAAACCGAGGGUAUUUUCGGCCAGGACUUCUUGCAUAUGAAAGAGUCAAAGAUCAGACGAACAUAUCCUUGGUUGCUUGUCAAAUUUUGUAAAAUUUCAUAAAAAUUUCCUUAAAUACAUUUGUUUGUCAGACAUUCUGUGAUGAAAAAAACGUUAUCAAGGAUCACACUCCACGAAGCUUUAGCUCGCUGGUUGUCUUUUAGACUGAGGCUGUUUGGAUAGUCAUUCGAUUGCCAAUUAACCACAUAUGAAUGUAUUUAAAAAAAGAAAAAACGUGAGAAUGUUUUCCAUCCAGUGCUGCCGCUGUUGUGUCAGUUGAUUGGCAUUGUUGUACAUAAUGAUUCCUGUAUUGCUUGACGCAGCUAAAUCUGCUUACCGGCGCCGGUCUAAGUCUAUGAAAUAGUACGGUGCUUGUUAGCGGGUGACGCUGAUCAUGAAGGCAGAUAAGGGUUAUGAUAAUUCUAAUGCGAGUGUGUAAUCCUUCUCAACCAUAUGCCCAGGGGCUGUUGUCAGUCCAAUAUGUAUUAUAUUAUGGGCAAUAAUACUAAUCAGUAAGUAUAUGAUAGGCAAAAGAUAAAGAGAAUAAUAGUUAUAAUGACAUUAUGAUUAUUGAUACUAGGGCGAGUAUGGAGAGUAAAGAUUAGCAGGCAGCGCUAGAUGCACCUGUAGAACGGGAUAGCAAAACCUAUAUGUAUGAAUAGAUAUUCGUAAUAAUGGCAAAAUAUUGGAUAAAAUCUACUGUGAAGCUGAUUUUGCCGCCAAUUAUACGAACCUCGCUCCAACGUAUCGCCAGCCUCCCCGUUACAGAAGCUAAAGGUAACUGGGCAAAACUAUUUAUCAUUCGUCGGGAUAAAUGCGAAGUUUUACAUUUGGCGUCCAAGACCCGUUUUUCUUUCAACUGCCAUCUUCCUCGUAGGAUUAACACCAUGAUAAUAUGCUUUGAAAGCGGAUAUGUGAGAACUGUACGUGACACAAGCA